AGCGGAGUUCACUUUUCAGCUGCUAUGUAUGAGUGGUACAAUAGCGCUCUCUAGCGAUCAUAGUGGGCCUGAAAAACAUUUAUUGGUGAUUUGGCACAACCUAUGGCCAUGUGUGGUACUUCAUAUUUCCUAAACGUAAUAAUACCGAGCCAUCGACGCCUUGUCAACGAAGCAGUUGCCUGCCAGCCCAGUGCUAGAACUGCUUGAAUGUAGGUUGGAACGGAUCAUCUGCAUGGGCUAUUUCUCUCAUCAACCCAGCGGCAAGACAAGGAUCCAAUAAUGGUUUUAGUGCAUGUCGGAUAUCUGGUUCUUCCUGUAUUUGGCUCAGUAAGAAAUAGAGUUUCGAGGCUGGCUCUACAUUCUGCAUUUAUCAGAUCUUUGUCGUCCCUCCCAUUGUGUAGCUAAUGAUCAUCUGCUGCUGUGUGGUGUGGCGUGGCCUCUGCCUGUUCUCUGCAUUUAGCUGUAUUGAAUCCCUUCUUCAUUUCCUCUUUCCAUCAGAAGACAACAUUGGUGUAUAUAUAUAUAUAUUUUUUUUUUAAACAAUGUAUAAUUCAACCAUAGAGUAUAUGUGGAAAAACUAAAACAAAUAACUAACACCUAUAGGAUAACUUGUUGUGUCUUUGUCAAGUUGUUGUAGAGUUAACCCAUUUUAGCUCUUAUAGAGAAUCAAAUGAAUGUCAUUGUGUACCUCCCAUCCAGUCUUGAUAAUGACAACAUAGCCUACUGUAAAUCCCUGUAAAGUGGAUACAUUUAGCAUGGAUUCUAUUUCUGCACUGCUUUACUGAACACCAGAAUUUGGUUCAUUUCCUUAUUUUCUCCAUGGAAGGUGCAUUGUACAAAUUUAGCUAAGUAAUAGUAUCUAAUGCUCCAAUUGGCAUUUUUUACAUGUACAAUUUACAUGUAAAGCCUAUGCACUGUCAUAUUUCAUUGAAUAUGAUCACACACACAAUUAUAAUUAACCUCAUGUGGUCAUCUGAGUGAUUUCAAAAUAGACAACACAUCAAAAUUGUAUAAAUACUGGUACACUUCACCUCUUCCUGACAACCUGUCAUAACCGCCUCCAUUUGUGUAACCCUUUUGUUCUUCUUGAAAAUUAAAAUCUAUGAAACACACUGAAUUAUCAGGCCUUUUGCUCACUAAAGCUGAAACCAAAUCAUAAUGCUAUAAGUAGUAGUAGAUACUCUCACUGGUUGUUCAUCACUUCCCAAUGAUCCUCCCCACUAACAAAAAGUACAAAAUGCUAUCCAUUUCACAGGGAUGCUUAUCUCCUGCACUGCUACAGUAAAUCUUCUAGUAGAGUAAUAACGUCUUUUUAUUGUUUGGUUGUGGUCUCUCUUUACCUUUUUGUUCUGGUAAUGGUACUUUCAAUGCAUGGUCACAUUAUGAUUCAUAUGAUUUUGUUUUUUACAUUGAAUAGUAAAUUCCAAUGUAAUCUUUCUGUAGUAAAGAUGUUCCCUGCUGUACUGUGCUGUAGCCAACCACAUCUGCUCAUUAGAUGCUGCUUUUGUUCUUAUUAACCCUAUAUGGAGCAUGGUGGGCCUUGCCUUCAGUCAAUGUUGUUUAUUUUUGUUGCAUGGUAUUUAUAUUAUUAUCAUUAUUACAAAAACACAAAUUCCACAAACUAAUAUUUUUCAAUAAAGAAUAUAGUAUUUUUCCUAACCUUCAGUGUGCUUCUUGCUGAUUUCCAUUUAUUGUCUUUAGACCUCCCCUCGUCCCUACCUGCCCCCCUCCACCCCACCCACCUCCUCUCCCGCUGUGACGAAGAUAGACGAUUUCAAGGCUUUUAUCAUCACAAGGCCUGAAUGAGUCUAUCCCCUGUCAUUCAUAGUGAUUGUACCACUGAGACAAUUGAAAGUGCAGUGUGCCACUGUUGAUCCUAAGCCUUGGAUCAAAUGCUACUCUAUUAGGAUUUAACCAUUCUGAUUAAUUAGUGACUGGUUAUGAGCUGAAUGUGACAAAAAAUAACCCACCCCAAUCAGAUGUUUCUGAAAGAUUACAGAGCCUUGACUAUUUUACAAAGCAUUUUGUAGCACUGCACCUUCAAGUCUACUCCAACUUAAUGACCCAAAAUGCAAUGUAGACGUUGGCCUAUUUCUCAAUUGUAGGGCUUUCACCUGUUUUCAUCUGAAUGUGUUAUCCACUCUUCCACCAACACUUUAGCAUGUUCUUCAUGUUAGAAAAGUUGAAGGUGACUUUCACAAAGGCCUAGAUGUAGGUCUGUCCCACAGUGUUUGUGCUGAGCUGCAUAUAGCUCAGUGGAUAGAUUUAGUUUACAUUUGUUUGAUGUUCUUUUUCCAGGACUUCUCUUGCUGCUCGAGUCCAAAAUACAUUUUACCGCAAUGGAAAACAUGUCACUGACUACGAAAUCUCCUCAUAUAAAUUGUGUUCUCCCCUUUCAAACAUAUUUUGUCAUAUUGCCAUCAAUGUAGCCUAGGCCUUCUUCAAUUAAAUUGCAAUCCAUUCCUAUCAAUAAUCAAUGUUAUUUCCAUUAGAAUUGUCAGCCCUAUUAGGUAUGGAAACCUAGACAGUGUACUGUAACUGUAGUGCACUGUACUAGUAUCUGAUUCUCACCCUCAAGCCUCAACAGCAACAUGUUCUCUUCAGCUGCCAAAUAUCUGUGGUUGGAAGAGGGGAAAAAGUACUGCCAAGCUAUUUUCCCCUGCACCAAGGAAUCUACACAUGGGAAAGCUUUGGGUAGCACUGUGUGUCUGAGUGAGACUAAGAGAUAGAUACAGGCCUAGGCAGUAUUUAAAUCGAUUUUGAUUUCUGGAAGGAGAUAGACAAAAAUGUUGUAGGCUUUUUGUAGCCUAGGCCUUGGCAUUUGCUGUUAGAGAUUUCUGGGUAGUGAUAGAUCAACAGACACAUCAUUGAUGUUGUGCUAUAUAAUGUUACCCACAGUUCAGCAGGUGAAAAAGUUAGAAAAAGGACUCACUCACAGCAAUGCUAUCACAUUGUUAAAAUCCUCAGUGACUAUAAAGGAUUAACAGUUUUAGUGUCAUUAGAAGAAGGGGAAAAAAAACAUCUUAGGAACAGAUGUUAUGUCUUUUGUCCUAUUGUGGAUCAAUGAUGUCAUUCAUCAGAAUGUCACACUGUAGAUCUUGAAGUUGCAGAACACUUCUGGCAGCACUUCUAUCAAAGGGAUUCAAGGUCAUCCAGCUAUAACAGAACACUUCUAUCAAAGGGAUUCAAGGUUAUUCAGAUAUAUUACAGAACACUUCUGGCAGCGCUUCUAUCAAAGAGAUUCAAGGUCAUCCAGAUAUAUUACAGAACACUUCUGGCAGCACUUCUAUCAAAGGGAUUCAAGGUCAUUCAGAUAUAUAACUGAACACUUCUAUCAAAGGGAUUCAAGGUCAUUCAGAUAUAUUACAGAACAAUUCUGGCAGCACUUCUAUCAAAGGGAUUCAAGGUCAUUCAGAUAUAUUACCGGUACACAUGGUUAAUUAAUUAAUUUGAAAAGCUUUGUUACACAAUUUAAAUGCACAGUCCUGGGCGUGUACAUUGCCGAAGAGUCAGAUGCCCAGAGGUGAGAAUCCAACCAGAGGGUCAAAUGUGACAUGAUGCCAUAAAAGACCAUUCAUGUUUGGAAAUAUUAACAUUUUCCAUGCAGGAUUGAAUGUGUUACUUCACCAUAUCUCCCUAUCCCCUGAUGUAAGUUUCACCAUAGGAUCCCACUUUAACCGGCAGCAACAUAGCCAUGCUACCUCUUGCCGGCACUUCCAGCUAGGCCCCCAGGCCCAGCUACCCAUUGACUUCCCAAUGCCCCACCCAGGUCAGCCCCAGUCGGGCAUCAACCCCCAUCUGGCUCCCCCUGGCCACCAGCAUUCUCCCCAGCUCCACCCGCCACUCAACCCCCUACCCCCCGCGCCCCAGUUCCAGGACCUCUCUGUCCACCCUUUCCUACCUCCGGCCUUACACCAGCAGUACCUCCUCCAGCAGCAGAUUCUAGAGGCCCAGCACCGGCGCAUCAUGCCACCUUCCAGCAGACACCAGCCCCACAGACUGCGCCCGGGUUACGAGUUUGCUCCUGCCCUCCACGUCCCCCCACAGCCUGCGGCCCAGCAGCCUCGCUACCUGGCCGAAGGCACAGACUGGGAUUUGAGUGUGGACACAGGGCUGCCUCCUCCUCAGUACCACGUCCGCCCGCUGCCCCAGCACUACCUGACAUCUCCCAGGAUGCAUCACUUCCCCAGGAACAACGCCUCCACCCAAGUGGUUGUCCAUGAGAUCAGAAACUACCCGUAUCCUCAGUUACACCUGCUGGCUCUGCAGGGCCUCAACCCCUCCCGCCACGCAUCCGCUGUGAGAGAGAGCUACGAGGAGCUACUGCAGCUGGAGGACAGGCUGGGCAGUGUGAACCGAGGGGCCAUCCAGACCACUAUUGAAAGGUUUACCUACCCUCACAAAUACCAGAAGAGGAUACCUCAGGACCUUAAGCUAGGGCUGGAGGAUGAGGAACUGGAUACAGAUGAGAAGUGUACCAUCUGUCUAUCAAUGCUGGAGGAUGGAGAGGAUGUCAGGAGAUUACCCUGCAUGCACCUCUUCCACCAGGCGUGUGUGGACCAAUGGCUGGCCACCAGUAGGAAAUGCCCCAUAUGCAGGGUGGACAUUGAGACCCAGCUGACACCAGACAGCUGAUGCCUCCUCUCCCUGCCCCCAUCUUGUAAUACCCCACCUCAUCCCUAGGGGGAGCUCUGCCAAACGUCCCCCUUCCCAUCUGCAUCACUUGUGAGCCUGCCUUCUGAGCCAGCCGAAGAAGACAAUGAACGGGAGGAAUUAACAAAGCACACUGAUCCAAACAAUAGAGAAACAAAAGAGGCCGAUGGAUGGAUGAAGAAGAGAGGCAGAAGGGUGGCAGAAUGUAUGGACAGAUGUGCAGGGGCUUGAUGAGUCUCCAUCGGGUUGUGCACCGUAGCAUUAGCUUCUCCAUACACCUACUCAGAGAUGAGAUCCUCCAUCAAACACCCCUAGCGUGUGUAUGUAUUGUGUUGUUGGGUUUGUAUAUAGGCCUAUUCUCUACCGCUGAUGUGGACUGGUCUCACUCCCUCUGAUGAAACCCAAACGCUGAGCUCUAGCUACAGCACAUCUGUGCGAAACAUGACAAGAUAUGAACUCAGCAGGGGGAUGUUUCUUGAAAUGAGCUCUGUGGCCUAAUGCAUAUGGUGUUAUGGAGUGUAGUAGUCUUGUUAUUGAAAAAAUAAAUAAAAAAGGGGGGAAAUACUCCUCUUUAACAGGCAGCCUUUAGGCAAUGAGGAAGUGCUAGCUAUGUACAAAGGCCAAUCAAUCGGUGGGUUUCCGGUACAGUAGAUCUCUGCUAUCACAGUGGAUGCUAGAGAUGCUAACCAGGCAUGGCUUCAGUGGUUUGUAUUGUGCUGUAGUGGGGCCUCUAUACCCUAGAACUGAGGCCCCAGAUAUGCAUGCUGUAUGGCAGGCUUGGGCUGUCUUGUGAUUGUGGAGCAGUAGGAUGUCUGCGCAGGUUGACGUUUAUUGUCAUGAGUCUUGUCCUGGAGGCAGAACUCAGCGAUUUCCGCUAGAUGG